UUUCGCGAAUCGAUUCGUCUCGAUCGGGACUCCCGUAUUCUACCGAGGAGGAGAAUUUCACCGGAAGCGAUGUACAAUCGUCGCGACGCCGCCGGGUCGUGUGCCACGUGAGAGGGAAGGGAGAUGGAGAAGCGUCGCGCAGCGGCGCGGCGGUGGAUGGAGAAGCGGUAGACACUCGCGACGACAUGGAAGGUGAAUUUGGGCGCGAGAGAGAUCACGAGUGGUAGUGAAAAAUGAAGGAAUGCUCAGCGUCGAGACGUAAGGUUAUAGAAAGAUAUUUGUGGAGGAGGAAUCUGGGUAUUGGAUGUGCAUGAGUGCCGUCUCAUCGUCGACGAUAUAAUUCGAUAGUCGUAAUCUAGCAGUUGAAUGUGCGAGCAAGCGAAAUCGAAUUGGUGAUUGUAUCGAUACGAAAACAAACGACGAAAACAGGGACACUGGUGCAACGAUUUGAAACGUAAUGGUCAUUAAUGUCAUCGAUUCAUUAACCGAGGUCAUAUUGGAUAUUCAGAACGAUGGAGAUACGCGUACGAUACUUGUUCGCUAUUAUGCUGUGUGUAGCGAACAUGAUUAUUUAUGGUCUGAAAGUUAAUAUUGCGGUAUCUAUCAUUGGUAUGGUGAAAAAAAAGCCGGGUAUACCGGAUUGGUCAGAUGAAUGUCCGGAAUUUGAGGUUCCUGAAGAUGCCGUCACUGAUAUCGACGGUCCAUUUGAUUGGACAACGAGCCAGCAAGGUUUGGUUAUUAGUAUAUACUUUGCUGGAUAUCUUGUUGGCAUGUUUCCGUCGGGAUAUUUGGCGGAUCGAUUUGACACGAAGGCAGUACUGUUAGGCUGUGUGCUGGCAAAUGGAAUCUUAACAACAUUGGUGCCGAUCGUGGCAAAGCAGUUGUCCAUACUAUACAUUGUUAGAUUUCUGACCGGUUUUGUGAGUGCAGCGAAUCUUCCUAUAGUAAAUGUUCUUCUGGGAACAUGGGUUGUGUACGAGGAAAAAAGCAUGUGGGUCGGCAUUAUAUACGCUGGAACGUCGCUCGGCACCGUGAUAUCUAUUCUUACCUCGGGAUUGAUAUUACGUUACGUGGGCUGGGAGGCUAUCUUUUACAUCCAUGGAACGACACCGUUAAUCUGGUGCAUCGUCUUUUAUUUAUUUUUCGCCGGUUGUCCGGAAAAACAGAAGUUUAUAACGGAGCAUGAAAGAGCGUUUAUCGUGAACUCGUACGGUCACCGUACACCUGGAUCCGUAAAGAUGAAGGUUCCAUGGAAAAGUAUAUUUACAUCGGUGCCAUUUUUGGCUCUGAUCGCUACGAAUACUUUAGGUAACUUUGGUUGGUAUUUCUUGCUCACUCAACUGCCGCUUUAUAUGAACAAGAUACUGCGAUAUGAUAUUACAUCGAAUGCCGCUAUCGUUUGCACACCGUAUCUUGUGAACGCCUUCGUUAAUCCAUUAAUCGGACGAAUUUUAGAUUGGGGACGGAAAGAAGGAUAUUGGUCUCAGACAAUUGCACGUAAAAUUGCAGUGUUCAUAAGCUCUAUCCCAGCUAGCAUUUUUCUUCUUAUAAUCGCGUACAUUGGUUGCGCUCGUGUGGCGUCGACUGUGCUGCUAACCUUGAGUAUAGUAUUCUGUGGUGCUAUAUUUGUCGGUCAUCUUUGUAAUCAAAACGAUCUGGCACCAAAUUAUGCAGGAAUUCUCAUGGGUAUUACAAAUACUCCGGGCACUAUUUCCGCCUUUAUCCUGCCACCAAUAGUUGGAGCUCUCGUAAAGGAAGGACAUACCAUGGCGCGAUGGAGAAUUGCAUUCUGGAUUACCAUCAUCGCCCAAGUUCUCGCUUUCGUGAUAUUUUCGAUCUUCGGAUCAGCCAAAAUUCAACCAUGGAAUUAUCCACCGGCUGAAGACGAAAACUGGGAAGUCGAUAAUGAACCACAAAGGCAACGGGAACAGCAACAAGAAACGAAGACUUAAAUUGAGACUACCUUUGUUCACAAUUCUUAUUAAAAAAUUAGA